AUGGAGAUCAAAAGACCCCGCUUGGCAUUUUCCUUGCAGAAGAAGCAGGCCACACAUCGCACAGUCGUCGGUGACUUCCAUUGGGAUUCCAAACACCUUUCGGACAAACACCUGUUUCCUGUAGUCACUAUUUUGGCUGGUGAAAAUCACCAUGCUCGGGCAAAGUUUGCAGUGCCUUUGCUGUCGAAGAAGAGGAAGUUGCAGGCACGCGCUUUCGCCUCGGUUGAGGCACCAUGGGUAAAGCUUGGUGACUUCAUGGGAAUGACAGGUGAAGAGCUUCCCAAAGCCGCUGUACAGGAAGCCAAAGCCGAGGACUUCUCCCACCAAACCAAGAGCUCCAGCGAACGUUUUGAGCGCUACCGCCAGAGCCUAGGAGCUCAGCACGGCCCCCUCUUCCGUCGCUUCGCGGCGCUGCUGAACGGUGAGCGUGGCACCUCCGGAAGCGCCAGCAGUGCAUCUCACGGAUUGUUGACCGCCACUGUGUCUGCCAUGGUUCAGUUGGCCGACCUCCGUCUUCAAGGAGAAGACGCCAGCUUAGUCACCGCAGCACUGGAGCUAUUUGAGGUCCUAUGCAGCGCAGUGCAAGAGCUGCCGCAAAAUCUACCUCCUGAGGCUUACAUGGAUGGGCUACGGCAGCGAUGGCGCUUGGGAGAAGCUUCCAGUGAGGAGGAAUGGGGCACUUACGCUGCCCGGGCCGCUGAACUCUUCCGGUUGAAGGACACUGUCGCCUCCCUCUAUGCCUGGAGCCUUUUGCCAAGGUCCACUGCUUUGCAGUUGCUGAAGACCAUGAAGCUUGCGAUGAACUGUGAGGUGCUAUGUAUCUUGGACCCCAUUGCUGGCACGGGGCUGCAUGGAGUUUUGCUCAAACACCUCGGCGCAGAGGUGAUCCUGGCAGAUUCCGUGAAUGGCGGCUCCACUCCGAGCAGUGGCGCGGACACGCAAUACCUUCAGCAGUGCGUCAGCUCAGGCUCGGCAGCGCGUGCCGCUGCGGCUGCAGCCACGGCUGCAGCCAAUGCUGCUGUAGCCGCAGGGCCUGCAGUGGUUUGGGCAGAGCUGGAGCACCUGGAUGUUUUCGAUGAUGGACAGGUUGUGAAUGCCUGGUGGACACGACAUGGCGAGGCAUCGAAUUCCAUCCUGAUGCUCUCCUUUCCACCUCCUCCACCAUCCGAAGUCGCGGAGGCAGCAUUGCGACGCUUUCAGGGCAAGUGGUUGCUGUUCCUGGGAGAAUGGCGCGGCUGCACGGGUUCUUCAGGCUUCUUCAACCUCCUGGAGGCAGGAUGGACGGUCCUGGAGACCUUUGAGGUCCCGCGAUGGCCAAUGAUGGAGGACAAAGCUUUCUUCCUGAAGAGAUUGGAUGGGCAGCCAUUUGCAGAAAAAAGAAAGCACAGCCUCAGUUUGCGUUUGGAUAUUGUUGGUUUGAUCAUGAACGGAUCUGAACAGGAUGAACCAAAAAUUGACGGGAAGAGUCCUGGAUCUUUUGCAGCU